CCCAGUACUUCUAGACAGCAGAAGCAGCUUCAAGGACAGUAUGGAGUUACUUCUCCAGUUAGCUUGGCUCUUCCUAAUGAGAUAGACCACAUUCAUACUCAGAAGCUAAUUGAAGCAAUGAAGCCAUUUGGAGUGUUUGAAGACAAGGAAGAACUUUAUCACAGGGCUGCUGUUCUUGGUAAACUGAAUAACUUGGUCAAAGAAUGGAUUUCAGAACUUGCUGAGAGCAAGAAACUUCCCCCUUCAUUAAUAGAAAAUGUUGGUGGUAAAAUAUUUACCUUUGGUUCCUACAGACUUGGAGUACACACUAAAGGUGCUGACAUAGAUGCCCUCUGUGUUGCUCCCAGUCAUGUGGAAAGAUCGGAUUUUUUUCAGUCAUUCUUUGAAAAACUAAAAAAUCAAGAGGAAGUAAAAAAUCUAAGAGCCAUUGAGGAUGCAUAUGUACCAGUUAUCAAACUUGAGUUUGAUGGCACUGAGAUUGAUCUCGUGUUUGCAAAGCUAUCUACGCCAACUGUUUCUGAUGACCUUGAUCUCAGAGAUGACUCAUGCCUGAAAAGCCUGGAUAUAAGAUGCAUACGGAGCUUAAAUGGCAGCAGAGUUACUGAUGAAAUACUACGCCUGGUGCCAAAUAUAGAGAACUUCCGCCUCGCUCUCCGUGCAAUUAAGCUGUGGGCAAAACGACGUGGUGUUUAUUCCAACAUCAUGGGAUUUCUUGGUGGAGUUUCCUGGUGUAUGCUAGUAGCAAGAAUAUGUCAACUCUAUCCAAACGCUGUGGCUUCUACUCUUGUCCAGAAAUUCUUCUUGGUUUUUUCAGGAUGGGAUUGGCCAAAGCCUGUAUUGCUGAAAAAAUCUGAAGAGAGCUCUCUUAACUUACCCGUAUGGGACCCUAGGGUAAACCUAUCAGACCGGCACCAUGUGAUGCCCAUCAUCACACCAGCCUAUCCCCAGCAGAACUCCACAUACAAUGUCUCUACAUCAACACGAGCAGUAAUGGUAGAGGAAUUCCAACGUGGGCUUGAAGUCAUAGAUGAGAUUCUCAAAGGAAAAUCAGACUGGUCAAAGCUCUUUGAACCACUCGACUUCUUUCAGAAGUACAAACAUUAUGUUGUGUUAAUUGCCAGUGCCUCUACAAAAGAGCAUCACUUAAACUGGAUUGGCCUCGUUGAGUCUAAAAUCCGUGUGCUGGUUGGGAACUUGGAAAGGAAUGAAUUUGUAACUAUUGCACAUGUACAACCGCAGUCUUUCCCUGGCAAUGAAGAUCUCUGUAAACAGAGUGGCUAUGUGUCAAUGUGGUUUCUUGGACUUGUAUUUAAGAAAGUGGAAAGUGCAGAAAAGACUAACAUUGAUCUAACAUAUGGGGUACAGUCAUUCACGGAUACAGUUUACAGGCAGGCUAUUGCCCUCAACAUUCUGAAGGAAGGGAUGAAGCUUGAUGCAACAUAUGUGAAGAGAAAGCAUCUCCGUUAUUUUUUGCCAGCAGAAACCUUGCAGAAAAGGAGGAAGCGAAGAGCGACAGAUAUUAGUCAAAAUACUACUGGACUUCAGUGCAAAAGGUCAUCUUCAGGUGAAAGCUGUUCGGACAGUUCCAAAGACAGAGAUUCCAGGACACCGUGUGAUUCCUCUUCCAUAAAUAAAAUACGUAAAUUGGACACCUCUACAGCAGAGACAGAAAGCAAUGUUGAACGUCAGAGUUGUACUGGUGUUAACAGUGUAGCUGAGCCAUCAAUGUCUAAAGAACUCUGCAUUUCUAGGACUGAUCCAAAAAUGGAGGCCACAGUUGCACUAAGAACAGCAGGAUCUCCAAUUGGGUGCACCGUUCCAGGAUAUAAUACAGUUUCUCAACUCAGAGCAUGUUUUGUCCAAGGACAGUGUAAAAUAAGUCGGACUCUAAUCACAGAUCCUAAGAGUGCUUCACCUAAAGAAUGUUAUUCAUCAGCCUCUAAAGUAUCUCGUCUGCUUCCGUCGGGAGAAUGCCCUGCAAAAGCCAUAGAUGGAGAAAAGGGUGUCCUUGGUGGAAAAUACAUGCAGAUUCCAGUGAUCGCACCAAGAUCUCAGAAGCUUUCCAGUGAAGAACUACCAGAUUCUUCAUCACCUAUUCCAACAAAUAGUAUUCGUAUUGUUAAAAGAUCCAUCAAACUAACCCUUAACAGGUAA